GGGGAGGGCGAGUGGGUGAGGCGAUGUGGGGGUGUGGAUCUGCAGACGCUCUCUCACUGAUCCAGCUCCUGCACAGCCUGAGAGGAGGAUUAGAUCUACGAGGACUUCUUCAACAAGGAUUAACGUCCAGAAAAAUCAUCAGGAAGUCAGAUCAGACAUUUGGAAAAACUAUGAAGGAGCUUUGAUUACUUUUAAACUGAAGACAGACAUUUAGACAAAGCAUCACAAACUGAGGAGGAAAACUUUCUGCUCUUGCAAAUCUUUCUUCAGACUCGUCAGACAAUCUCAACUUUUCUGCAGCUUCAUCGAAUCCGCCCUGACAGUUCUGAGGAGGCGAGCUGGGUGAACAGGGACAAACGGACGAUGAGAGAGACGCCGUGGAGGAGCUCAGUUCAGGUGUGAGCUUGCAGACGGGCUGAAGAUCCAGAAAACAGCUGAUCUCGAUGUAAACACCAUGCAGACCCUGCUGCUGACCUGGCACCAGAGACCCUGGCCCAGCACAGGACAAAUGUUCCUGCUCUGCUUCGUCAUCUUCAACCAGCAGGUCAGCGGCUCCGUGCUCGAGAGUCUGAUCGCUAAACGGACCGAAUAUUUGGAGAGGUGCAACAGAUCGCUGUCGGCAGGUUCUUCUUCAUCACAAACUGGAGUCUUCUGUAGAGGAACGUUCGACAUGUUUGUGUGUUGGCCUCACUCUCCUCCUGGGAACGUGUCCGUGCCCUGUCCGUCUUAUUUACCCUGGAUCAGUGACGGCGUGUCGAGGAGCGCUCACAGGGAGUGUCUGGGGGACGGGAAGUGGAGACAGAAGGAGAACUCGUCUGAGGCCUGGAGGAACGAUGAGGAGUGUCAGGAGGAGCGAUACUUCAAAGACAAGGAGGAGGAGAUGCAUCGACAGACGCCGCUCAGACUCAUCUCUGUGAUUGGUUACUCUCUCUCUCUGUCCUCCCUCAUACUGGCCGUCCUCCUGAUGGGGCUGCUGAGGAAGCUGCACUGCACCAGGAACUACAUCCACAUGAACCUGUUUGUGUCGUUCAUCCUGAGAUCCGCCUCUGUCAUCUCCAAAGAAAUCAUCUUAUGUGUCAUGUACUCCAACCUACCAAGAGACGACCCGGGGUGGAACUCGUACUCCACGUCUGCUAUAUCGUGGAUGUGUAAGUUCUCCAAAGUGUGCAUGGAAUACUUUGUGGCCUGUAACUACUUCUGGCUGCUGGUAGAGGCCGUCUUCCUCCACACACUGCUCUUCACCGCCGUGCUUACGAAGAGGCGUCUGCUGAAGAAAUACAUGCUGCUGGGCUGGGGCACACCCGUCCUCUUUGUGACCCCGUGGACUGUGGUUAAGAUUCUAUAUGAAAACACAGAAUGCUGGCCGAUAAUGAACAUGUGGUUCUGGUGGAUCAUCAGAGGUCCCAUCACGCUAGCCGUGCUGGUGAUUUUCUUCAUAUUCAUCAAGAUUCUGAUGCUGCUGCUCUCCAAACUGAAAGCAGAUCAGGUGAAGUUUACCGACUACAGAUACAGUCUGGCCCGGGCGACUCUGGUCCUGAUUCCUCUGCUGGGGAUCCAUGAAAUCGUCUUCACCGUGCUGAUCGAUGAAUAUGUGGAGGGCAGCAGCCGCUACGCCCGAAACUUCAUCAACCUCACCCUCAGCUCCUUUCAGGGCUUCUUGGUUGCUGUGCUCUACUGUUUUGCCAACGGAGAGGUCCAGGCUGAGCUGAAGAAGCGCUGGCAGCUCUUCCUGUUUACAAACCACUUCCAGGUGAGGAGCUGCUUCCACAACGUUCCCCUCAAACAGCUGUGGAAGCGCACCCGAACGCACCACACGCACUGCUCCUACGACGACGGCGGCACCUCCACCACGCACCCACACCUGCUGCAGGUGGCGGUCCAUGGAGGAGGAGGGGGGUUGGGAGUAGGAGAGGUCAAAGGUCAUGGGCUGAAGGGCUGUGAGACAACAGGAGUGGACUUUAAGACCAGGAAGAGUCUGUCGAGCAGCGACGGUGAGAUGACGCUCGGAGAGACCAUGGAGGAGAUCCUGGAGGAAAGCCAGUUCUGAUCAUUUCAAUACUUUUAAAAUCGUGUUGUACUCCAUCCUUCCAGCUGCAUCAGCCCCCGAGAAAAGGUGGUUAGUAUGGGGACCAGGUGUCACAAAUACAGAGGUGUCAUGACGUGUUUCCUGCAGUGAGUCAGAGCUCUGACAUGUUCUCACCGUGUCUCUGAAGGACGUUUCUGUGUCGGCUGUUUGUGAGAACAGAGAAGUGAAGCUCAGCUCACAUUUGGAGAAACUGAAAUCAUUCCAACUUAAAAUCAAAGAACGACAGAAAAUAAUAAACAUUCACUUUGUUCCAACGUGUAAAUCUGCUGCUUGUCGUACGUCGACCAUGUUGGCUGCUUCUCUUUCAUCAACAUGGCUCCAAGCCUCCCUCGCUUCUCACAGACAUUGCACAAGUUCACUAAGCCCAAGACGAUGCCCCCUCCCCCAGUGGUCAGCCCAUGUACACAGUCUGGUAGAGCAGGUGGCAUGUAUGCAUAUAGAAAAUCCGCCAAGAAACAGAAAGAAGAAAAAGCAACGACACGAGGGCUGAGUCCAUCCUGCUAACCCACAUCGACCCUCCACAUCCACCGUGCAGCUCAGAGGAUGAAACGGGCCUGUGCUGCGCGGAUAUGACGGUUUUUGAAGCGACAGGAGUCGUUUUGAAUGACGUCAUAUAGCGAUCAUCUUCCUGGUUUGAGCACAGUUACCUUCACAUCUCCCGCAGACCGUACUCGAGUACACAUGAAAAGUGACUGAGAUCACUUCUUCAAACAGACUCUGGUACGGUACCUGAGUGCGGUACGUUUGUGUUCAAUCUGAUCAAAUGAACCAGACUUUGGGAUUAGAAGUACUCGAGGCUAAGACCAGGUUCCCUAAAGUGAAACCACCAUAAAGUGUACUUUGUCAGAAAAGAUCAUCUUGGAUCAAACUGCCCCUGAAGCUAAAUGACAGUUUACGUCAUUUAGAUAAAAAGGACGGGGUUUGUUAUGAUACGCUACCCGACUAAACUCUACAAUACGUAACGAUGAUAAAGUUCUACUAUUCAAAAGAGUAGAUGUUGUGUUUCUGCAGAACCCAAACCUGGAUGACUCGGGACACAACACUACAAGGGGUCAAAGUCAGACUGGGCCCCUGGUUUCUGAAGGUGGCGGUGGGAACAUUUGGCGGUUGGAGUAUUAUUCUCCAAUUUCUCAAAGAUGGGCCAAGAUGUACAGUUUCCUUCAUUAGCUUGAUGCUAACACAUAAUGACAGUUGCCAUUGACAGGCUAACGUAAUGAUAUGCCGCUCCCUUAAAGGGAUACUUCACCCGUUGAAACAUGAAUCUGUAUUGACAUUGGGUCAUGUGUAGUAGAAAUGUGAAAUAAA